CAGAGGAGCAGCGGUGGGAACAUUCUGGGGACAACCCAAAGGACAGCCUGGAAGGGAAUCUGCUUAAUUCAGAUAUUCAUCGACAUUUUUUCAGGAAGUUUGGCUAUGAGGAGGCUCAAGGGCCCCGAGAGGUUUGCAGCCACCUCCACACACUCUGCCGUCUGUGGCUAAAGCCAGAGCAACACUCUAAAGCCGAGAUCCUGGACCUGGUGAUCCUGGAGCAGUUCCUGGCCAUCCUUCCCCCAGAAAUGGAGAGCUGGGUGAGGGAAUGUGAGCCAGAGACCAGUUCCCAGGCAGUGGCCCUGGCUGAAGGGUUCCUCCUGAGCCAAGCAGAUGAGAGGAAGCAGGAAAAGUAUCAGAAGCUGGACUGUUUUGCAGAUGAGACCAGUGAGGGGGAGAAAUCUCCUUCGGUGAUCAAAUGGCUCAUCCAAGAUGGGAACAGAUUAUCCAUUGCAAUGGGAGGUGGAACAUCACCCAUACAUACUAGUGCAUCUCUUCAUCCUGAUGUACCCAGAAGAGCUUCUGCGAAACUGAUGACCUUUGAAGAGGUGGCUGUGUAUUUCACGGAGGAGGAGUGGGCCCUCUUGGAUCCAGGCCAGAGAGAUCUUCAUAAGGAAGUGAUGGAAGAGACUAUGGAGGUUCUGUCCUUUCUUGCAACUCACAAAGAUGAGAAACCAUUUAAAUGCUUGGAGUGUGGAAAGACUUACUUUCGGAAGGAACACCUCACUCGUCAUCAAGCAAACCACAUUGUGGAGAAACCAUUUAAAUGCUUGGAGUGUGGAAAAGGUUUUAGUCAGAAGGUCAGGCUUACUCGUCAUCAAGCAACUCACACAGGGGAGAAACCAUUUAAUUGCUUGGAGUGUGGGAAAGGUUUUGUUUGGAAGAGAAGCCUCAUUUGUCAUCAAGCUACUCACACAGGGAAAAAACCAUUUAAAUGCUUGGAGUGUGGAAAGAGCUUCAUUCAGAAGAUACAUCUCACAUAUCAUCUAGGAACCCAUGCUGGGGAGAAACCAUUUAAAUGUUUCGAGUGUGGAAAGAGUUUCAGUUGGAAGGGAAGUCUCACUUUUCAUGAAACAACUCACACUGGGGAGAAACCAUUUAGUUGUUUAGAGUGUGGAAAGAGCUUCAGUCAGAAAAUAUAUCUCACUUCUCAUCAGUCAACUCACACGGGAGAGAAAUCAUAUAAAUGCUCGGAGUGUGGAAAGAGCUUCAGCCGGAAGAUGAAUCUUACGUAUCAUCAAGCAUCUCACACUGGGGAGAAACCAUUUAAGUGCUCGGAGUGUGGAAAGAGCUUUUGUCGGAAAACGCACUUUGUUUAUCAUCAGGCAAUUCAUACCGGGGAGAAACCAUUUCAAUGCACAGAGUGUGGAAAGAGCUUCAGCCGGAAAACACACCUCACUCGCCAUCAAAUAAUUCACACAAGGGAGAAACCAUUUAAAUGCAUGGAGUGUGGAAAGAGUUUCAGUCGGAAGAUACACCUCACUUGUCACCACAAAACUCAUGCUGGAGACAAAUCAUUCAAAUGCCCGGUGUGUGGAAAGAACUUCUGGCUGGAGCAACAUCUCAUUGAUCAUCAAACAACUCACACUGGGGAGAAACCAUUUAAAUGCUUGGAGUGUGGAAAGAGCUUCUGUUGGAAGAAAAGCCUCACUCAUCAUCAAGCAAUUCACACAAAGGAGAAGCCAUAUAAAUGUCUUGAGUGUGGAAAGAGCUUCUUUCAGAAGACACGACUCACUACUCACCAAGCUAUUCACAAUGGACAGAAACAGUUUGUAUGCUUGGUGUGUGGAAAGUAUUUCACCUGGAAGAAAAACUACAUUCAUCAUCAAGUAACUCACAUGGGAGAGAAACCAUUUAGAUGCCUUGAGUGUGGAAAAUGUUUCAGUUUUAAGAGAUACCUCACUCGUCAUUAUGCAACUCACACACGGGAAAAGACGUUGAACUGUUUGGAGAGUGGAGAGAGCUUCCAUAUGAACAUUCAUCUCACUCCUCAUCAAGCGACUAAUGUAGGGGAGCAAUCAUUUGAUCCCUCGGAAUAUGGAGCAAACUGUGAUAACACAAACUUCUUUUAUUUAUCUUUCUUCUACUUCAUCGGAGAUGGAAGACAGAUGCAGCCAAUAUCUGCUACCUCAUCUCUUUUCAGCAAUGUGCGGGAUGCCACUUUUUUGAGACAAAACCAGUUACAGGUGGCAUUUGAGGAGGUGGCUGUGUAUUUCAUGGAGGAGGAAUGGGCCCUCCUGGAUCCAGACCAAAGGGCUCUGUACAGGGAAGUCAUGGAGGAGAAUGUGAGGAACAUAGCUUCUUUGGGAGGUGAUAUGCAGGAGAAUGAUGCCAAAGGAAAGUCCCACCAGACAUGGUUGGAAGAAGACAAAUCUAAAAAGAAUGAAAAGCAGAGAACAAAAAUAAAAGAGAAGAGGAACAAAUUUGCUACUUCUUUUGGUGGGGACAUUUGCAAAAUCUCAGCUCCCAAAAUAACAGUGAAAGGAGAGGAGAGAAGUAAAUACUAUUGUUCAUUAUGUGGGAGAAGCUUCACUUAUUGGUCCAGCCUUAAUCUUCAUAGAAAAAAUCACACAGGGGAGAAAUCUUUCAGAUGUGGAACAUGUCAAAAGUCCUUCAGUAAAAUGGAGUCCUUGAUUUCCCAUGAAAAAAUUCAUACAGAGGAGAAACGCUUUAAAUGCUUAGAGUGUGGAAAGAGUUUCAGACGUUCCUCACACUUUUUGAUCCACCAAAGAAUCCACACGGGAGAGAAGCCUUUUCGGUGCCAGGAAUGUGGAAGAAACUUUGCUCGGAAGGAUUAUCUCACAUCUCAUCAAAGAACUCAUACAGAAAAGAAACUGUUUAAGUGCCUGGAGUGUGGGAAAAGCUUCAGUCAGAAUCUAGAUCUCUCUUGUCAUCAGGCAACUCACAGAGGGCACAAACCAUUCAAAUGCUUGGAGUGUGGGAUGAGUUUUGAUCGUUCUUCGCAACUUAUGAUCCACCAAAGAAUCCACACAGGGGAGAAACCAUUUGAGUGUCAGGAGUGUGGAAAGAACUUCAGCCGUUCUUCACACCUUACGACACACACAAAAAUUCACAGAGGGGAGAAACCAUAUAAAUGCUUAGAAUGUGGAAGAAACUUCAGUCAUUCUUCACACCUUAUGAACCACCAGAGAAUCCACACAGGGGAGAAGCCAUAUCCAUGUGUGGAGUGUGGGAAAACAUUUGCUCGGAAAACUUAUCUCACUUCUCAUCAGAGAACACAUACAGAAGAGAAACCAUUUAAAUGCCUGGAGUGUGGAAAAUGUUUCAGUCAGACAAUACAUUUAAUUUAUCACCAAGCAACUCAUACUGGAGAGAACCCAUUUAAAUGUUUGGAUUGUGGAAAGAGCUUCAGAUGGAGGUCAAAAUUACUAUCUCACCAAAGAGUUCACACAGGAGAGAAACCAUAUGAAUGCUUAGAGUGUGGGAAAAGGUUUCGUUGGAGGUCACAACAGGUGGUACACCAAAGAAUUCAUUCUGGGGAAAAACCAUAUAAAUGUUCAGAGUGUGGGAAGAUCUUCAGUCAGAGCUCAAGCCUCAUCGUGCAUCAACAUCUUCAUAAAGGGGAGAAACCAUUUAAAUGUUUGGAAUGUGGAAAAAGAUUCAAUCACAGCUCAAACCUGAUGCUUCACCAAAGAAUUCAUACAGGGGGAAAACCAUUUAUGUGCUUGGAAUGUGGGAAGAGCUUCAGCCAGAAAUCAACUCUUAAAGUCCACCAAACAGUUCAUACAGGGGAGAAACCAUAUAAAUGUAUCAAGUUUGAAAAAAACUUCAGGGAGAAGAAAUGCCGCAGUAUUCAUCAAGCUGCUCACAUAAGGGAGAAACAUAUUCAGUGCCAGGAGUAUGGAAAGAGCUCUGCCAGCCCUCAAAUUCCAUGACACAACAACAAAAAUUCACAGAGGGGAGAAACCUUACACUCUAGAUGUACUGAGUAUUGAAAGAUCUGCAGUAAACCCUCAUAGCUUAUUAGCCACUACAGAAUCAUCACUGUGGGGAAGACAUUUACAUUCUUGCAGUGUGGAAAAAGUUUCCUUUGGAAUUAUUAUCCCCCUUAAAGAGAGAAACCCCUUAAAAGUCUAGAAUGUGGGGGAAAGUUUUAGUGACACCAAACACCCCAAUUAUUAUCAAGCAACUCAAACAGAGGAAAAGUCAUCUAAAAGCUUGGAAUGUGGAAAUAGAUUUCUUAGAAUGCUAUUUUAUAUGCAGUGAUUCACAAUAAGAGAAAUUAGUGGGGAAAAGUUAGAUACUACAUGGCAUUCUAUUGAUAGGAAAUAAUUUGUUCUGAAGAGAAUAGUGCUCUAAAUGCCUAGUAUGAAUUUUUGUUACCGAGUGGCAACACUGAUUUUAGAUUAAUUUUAGAUGAAUUUAGAUGAAGGUUGAGAAGGCUACAUAGAAUGAGAUCUUGAACUUGCUAACUACCUCUCUCAAAACAGUGUUUCUUUUUGAUGAAAUUAACCAUACUGGUUAAUAUAUUAAUGAUAGGCAACUAAGAAUUUAGGUAUGUGAAGAAGAAAGAAAUUAAUAUUAUAUGCAGGAUGCACAAAGGCAUGACCAGGCUCACAAUGAACAGUUUGGGGAACAGAUAACAAAAGCUAAUUUGAAAAGGGGUCUUGAAAAUAUCUAAAACAGAAAUGCUGAGAAAUCUACCCUUCAAAGUCCAAGAUCAUUUGAGGGUAAAAGAAUUAUAAAAUGUACAAGGAUACCUCAAUUAACAAAUUAGAUGGAUUCUUAUCCUUUAUUUCUUUUAACAGAAAUUUUGGUACCAGAAGUCACAAUAACAUGGAAAGAAAAGGGGUAGGUUUUUGCACUAUAAAGAAAGAGGACAUUUGAACAUGUUUCAGCAGACGUUUUAUUCAGAACUAACUUUAUGCACAUAUGAAAUGAAACAGCCAGGUCAGGCAAGUGUUGCAUAAGUAAACAAAAACAUUUUGACUCUUCUAGAGCCCACUUGAAAGUAUCAUCCAAAAUGCAUAGCAGGAUGAUUUUUUCUUUCUUUCGCCAGCCUCCAUUUUUCUUAUGAUUUUCAUUUUGAUAGCAAAACUUAUAGAUCUAUGCUUUAUUAACAUGCCAAGGUAGCCGGUGAGUCGGGCUAUUCUCUAUUUUGCUCUUCACAAAUGCUCAGUAAGUGAUUCUAGAGGCAGCUGCUGUUUAUCUUGUCUGUUGUACAUAUGCACACACAGGUACAGUAGGAUCACCUAGACUGGAAUCCCAUUCUUUCUCAGGUCAGGCUUUCUUGCUUUGUUGGUUCAAUCCAACACUGGAAGUCCAUCUUUUUCUAGUCCUCCUCUAUCAUCACCCCCCGCACUGCCCAACUAGAUAAAAACAAGAAAUAUGGCAGAUGAUCUAAUGUCCUGUAAA